ACGAGGCAAAAGAUUUGCCAUUUCAUUGAUUAAGAAGAAGGUUUCAGACAAAGCCGCAAGCGGUGUAUAUAGGAUUGGUACUAGCACACACUAAGCUACUAACUUAGCCAAGAAGAAAACACAUAUUGAGCGCAAGCUAGUUUGGAGAGAGAUCUAGCUUAGCUAGUAAGAUCAAGUGAGCCAUGGCGGACCUUGUGGUUGGCAUGGCUAAGUCGGUGGUGGAUGGGGCGCUGACCAAGGCCCAGGCGGCGAUCGAGGAGGAUACAAAGCUGCGGCAGAGCGCCCAGCGUAACCUGGUGUUCAUCACUGGCGAGUUCCAGAUGAUGAAAUCAUUUCUCAACAUCGCUGACAGCGAGCGCCUGAAAAAUCCGGUGGUGAGGACGUGGGUGUUGCAGAUCCGCGAGCUGGCCUACGACGUGGAGGACUGCAUCGAGUUCGUCGUCCACCUCGACAAGAAGAACCGCUGGUGGCUCCGCGUCCUCAAACCUGCGAGCUGGUUCCUCAGGCCCUGCGUGGAUCUGAGUCGGCUGCUAUCACUCGACUUGGCAGUCGUCGAGCUUGAACAGCUCAAGGCUAGGGUGGAGGAUGUCAGCAGCAGGAACGCGCGUUACAGCCUCAUCAACAGUGACUCCGUGUCCAAGCCGGCCACCACCGCGGCUCAACCGGCUUCCGGCGAUACCGUCGGCAUGAUGGCAGUCAACAGGCUCAUUCAGGCAGCGAACACUGACCGAGAGGAGCUAAAUAUCACCCGCCUACUCCCCAAGAAAGACCAUGACCUCGGAGUGAUUUCGAUCUGGGGUACCGGGGUUGGUGAUCUUGGCAUGCCAUCCAUCGCCUGGAACACCUACACUGAUAAAGAGACCUGCAAAAACUUCGUCUGGCGUGCCUGGGUGAAGCUGACGCAUCCGUUUGAUCCCCAAGAGUUCAUCCAUUCUUUGACGGCUCAGUUCCAUGCAAACUCUUGCAAAGAGGAACCAGCAUCAUCCCCUGGUGGCCGAAAGAAGAUGGAGGACGACUUCAAGCAGCUUCUCACGGAGAAUAGGUACCUAGUUGUGCUGGAAGACCUUUCCACUGUGGCAGAGUGGGCUGCUAUCAAGAGGUUCUUUCCAAAGGAGAAGAAUGGAAGCUGCAUCAUCUUGUCCACGCAGCAAUUCGAGGUGGCAAGCUUGUCUGUGGGACAUCCAUACCAAGUAUUGCAUCUGAACCAGCUGUCAGCUGCUGACCACUCUGUCUAUGCCUUCUUUACGGAGGAAUCUCAGUACGAUGGAGAUAGAGGCAUGACCAGCCAAACUGGGCAAGCAGGCAACAGCUGUAAAAGAGCAGCAGCCAACAGGUGGAUUUACGAGCAUCCUCUUGUUGGGCGUGAGUUAGAUAUGAAGGAUCUUGACAGAAAUGUAAUUACCACCCGAGGUAGAAGCUACCAAGUUAUGUCCGUGUGGGGAUUUACUGGGGUUGGAAAAUCAGCUCUCGUCAUGAACACGUACUGCAAGGAAAUUCUUAAGGGCGACUUUCAGAAGUAUGCUUGGGUGGAUGUAUCACAUCCUUUCAAUUUAUGGGACUUCUCUCGAACCUUACUUUCUAGUUUUGGUUCUAGAAAACUUCAAGACAGUGAGCAUACACACUUGUAUUCGAUGGGAAGCCAAAAUCCCAUUCCACAGUGUCGUGAGAUUCUGACGCAGCAAACAUGCCUGGUUAUUAUUGAUGGACUGCAGUCCACAAUAGAAUGGGAUCUCAUAAAAGCUGAGUUGGUGUCGGGAUCUAAUCGUCGGAACGUUAUCAUCAUCGUUACAACUGAACAAGAAAUCGCCACUUAUUGCCGCGGAGAUAAGGGACACUUGGUGCUUAAUGUCAAAGGUCUAGAAGCCGACACAGCUGUUGAACUCUUCGAGAAGGUAUCCAAGAAGGGUAAAGUGGCAGAGAUAGGAGAACUUACUUCAAUAUGUGGAGGACUUCCCAAAGUAAUAGUUGAGAUAGCUGGCUCAUUCGCCAAAAACACAGAUCGAUGGAAAGAUGCACUUUCUAACAAUAAAAAAUUUAUGCUAGAGCUAGAGAACAAUGGAGAGUUUCUCAGUCUAAGGGGUCUACUGGAUUGGAUGAAUUCGUCCUUCCGCAAUUACGCAGAUUCUCUCAAGUCGUGUAUCUUAUAUUUACCAGUUUUCCCCAGAAACCACUUAAUUCGGCGGAGAAGACUAGUAAGACGGUGGAUUGCUGAGGGUUACUCCAGGGAUAACCAUGAAGAAUCGGCAGAGAUGGUUGGCGAGGAGCAUUUCAAUGACCUCGUUGAUCUGAGAAUAAUCCAGCAGUCAUCCCUGUUGGGUAUGGAUGACACAAGGAUGGACUUUUGCCAAGUCAAUGGCUUCUUUCGUGAGUACAUUGUCUCACACCAAAUGGAAGGGAACCUUGUGCUUGAACUUAGGGGCAAUUGUGUGUUAACCUCCCAACGCACGGGGCGCCAUCUUGCUAUAUCUGAAAACUGGGUCAGAGAUAGAAUUGUGUUUGAGAGCAUUGACUUCUCUCGGCUCAGGUCACUAACAGUGUUUGGAAAAUGGAAAUCCUUCUUCAUUUAUCAAGGUAUGAAGCUGCUGCGGGUGCUUGAUCUAGAAGAUGCAUCAGAAGUAGAGCAUAGUGAUCUCAAGAAGAUGGUGAAGUUCAUGUGUCGCCUCAAGUUUCUCUCACUGAGAGGACACCAUGAAAUCAAGCAUCUGCCGAGUUCAAUAGGUGAUCUGAGGCAGCUCGAGAGUCUUGAUGUCAGACACACCUCCAUACUCACCCUGCCAGAGAGCAUCAUCAAGUUACAGAAGCUGCAAUACAUCCGUGCAGGCACCAAGGCGCCCUCAAGGAAAACACCAACACCACAUCAUUUACUGUCCCAGCUGUCCAGUUACUGCAGCGGUCGUCAGCCAGUUGGUGUUGUGGUGCCUCCAGGGAUCGGGAAACUGACGGCAUUGCACACUCUUGGUGUUAUCAAUGUCCGUGCCUCAGGGACAAAGGCCGUCCUAGAGGAUGCCAAGAAGCUCACCCACUUGCGUAAGCUUGGAGUGUCUGGCAUCAAUAAGAAUAACAGCAACAAGUUUUUCCUUGCAAUCUCAGAUAUUUUGCAGUUGGAAUCACUUUCAGUGCAGAUCGAGGACAACAAUGAAAGCUGUUUGAAUGGUACAGCGCUACCUUUGGAGAGCCUGCGGAGCCUGAAACUUUAUGGGCUUGGAGACCGGUUGCCGGACUGGAGAGCACAGCUCACCAAGCUCACAAAGAUGGAUUUGGAAAUAGCCAAAUUAACAGAAGAUCAUGUCUCCAUGCAACCGGAAGGAAGAAGGGAGCACACUAGUGGCGUUAUCAAGUUCCUAAGUGAGCUACCAGGAUUAUGUAUUCUACGUCUUCGUGUCCAUCAUCUUCAGGAUAAUCAGCUUGAUGUGUCUAUCAUUUAUAAUGACCUAGAGUUAGACUCUUUUGAGAAAUUGAAGAUCUUCGAGAUUGCUUGCAGCUUCAGCUCAAAGGUUACUUUUGGAGAGAAAACAAUGAAAAAACUUGAGCAGCUGAAGUUUGAAUGCUGCAGUGGGUCGACUUUCUUUGGCCUGGAGUAUCUGGCUGAACUCAAGGAAGUAUUGCUUAAGGGUGCAAGGGACGAACAACUGAUGUCUGAAAUCAACGCAAAACUUGAGAACCACCCAAAGGUAAAGAAACCUGUUGUGAAGCUGGAGGAAAAACCCUCGUCGUCCUGAUGAAUCCAUUUACAUUUCAAGGUGCUUUUUUUUUGUUUAAUCUUGUUGCACUUCAUGUAUUUGUACUAGUGCCAUGAUGUACUGCUACGAAUGAGUUGGACCAUGUGAAAUCACUUCUUAAUUAUUCCUACUCUUUUAUUAUUUUGAGACAUUGGGAGAUGGAGUGGUGCCGUGGAUCUUCGAAUCCAUGGAUGCAUUGUAAGCUUGUGAUGAUAUAAUUUUAAGAUUAGAGAAUUAACAAGAUGUACCAAUAUCAAUGCGGUAUAGUAUAUGUUAAGAGGUAAAAUAUGGGUAGAAAUCACAUCGGAACUGCUAUUUUCAAAAUAAUGCAUUAUGGUACUGAACUUGAAAAGGUGCUUGUUAAAAUGGUGGAUCUGUACCCAUCAUUUCACUAGUUCAGUCUGGAUAUCGUUGAUAUUGUUUUCUUAGAUAUUCUCACUAACUCCCUUCUGAUCAAUGAUUAGUUGCAGAGACACUCUGUGCUAUCAGGAUAAAGAUAAUGACAUGUAAAUGCACAAAAUCACAGGAUAGCCACAGAGCAAAACUUUCUUUCGCGUCAUCAACCAGCAAUCCUGUGCUACAGGUUCCACAAUGCAACCAGGAUAAAGAUAAUGACAUUAUAAAUGGAGUCGUAGCUUACCAAAAGGUUUCACAAGCGUCAGGCAGGCUGCUAGAGCAGAGCAACAAGGGGGUCGGCCGUGUGCCUGGCAUGUGGGGCCGACCGCGUGGUUCGAAGGGAACAGAGUAUUGGAAGCGGCGGGGACGA